CAAUCAUGGCUGAUGUGAAGUCGUUGGAGCAUCCGACGCUAAAGGUUCCCUACGAGGUGUUAAAUAAGCGUUUCCGUUCUGCUCAGAAGGGCAUCGACCGCGAAGUCGCACACGUGCACAACAGCGGCGCCGAUGUCGAGCAGUGUCUGCAGAAACCAGUCUCACUGGGAGAUGUGACGCAGGCCAUCGACAACAUGGUGGAGAAACUCACCAUUCUGAAGAGAAAGGCUGAUGAAAGCAUCCAGGAUGAGUUAGAUGCUGCGAAGGUGAUCAAGAAGCGGGUGGAACACCUGAAAGAGGCAGAACACCUCCCCCCUGGAGCGAAACCUCUGUGGAACAAGAAACGUCUCGACCGAAUGUUGGUGGAGUUCUUCUUGCAGGCUGGUUACUAUAACACAGCUCUGAAACUGGCCACCCAUUCUGAAAUCGAGGACCUGACCAACAUCGACCUUUUCCUGACAUCAAAGGAGGUGGAGGAGUCACUGAUACGACAUGAAACUGGGCCGUGUUUGAACUGGUGUUACGAAAACAAAUCCAAACUCAGAAAGAUGCGGAGCACAUUAGAGUUUAAAGUGCGAAGACAGGAGUUUAUCGAACUUGUCAGGAAUAAUCAAAGGCUGGAGGCUGUUAAACACGCCCGGAAGUACCUGAGUUCAGUUGAUGACUGUCACAUACAGGAAGUGCAGAAAGUCAUGGGAUUGCUGGCUUUCCCGAAAAUUACAGAAAAAACUCCACAUAAGGGUUUGUUCUCUGAAGACUGCUGGAAGGAGUUGGUGCAGCAGUUCCGUAACGAGAACUUCAAGCUGCACCAGCUGAACACCACACCCGUCUUCACCGCGGCCCUGCAGGCCGGUCUGUCCUCACUGAAAACACCUCACUGCUACAAGGCGCACAUGUCGACGCGGAACACCAACUGCCCAGUGUGCAGCAAGAACCUCAAUGAGCUGGCCCGGAGCCUGCCGUACGCCCACUGCUCCAACUCGAAACUGAUCUGCACCAUCACCGGGCACUCCCUCAAUGAACACAACCCCCCUAUGGUCCUCCCCAACGGACACGUGUAUGGAUACAACUCUUUGGUAACAAUGGCUGCCAGUAAUGAUGGGAGAGUUGUCUGCCCUCGAACAAGAGAAAUCUACCAUCUGGAUGAGGCAGACAAGGUGUACGUCAUGUGAGGAUGAUUGUUACGCAGAUACGGUCCUUGAUGCGAUUUUCCAAUGCUAGCUAUUCCCUCUUUGAGAUGCAGGGUGAAGUCGAUUGAUAACGCAGUCAGCAGUACAACAUCGUAGCUCUACAGAACCAUGGGUUGGGCCAUCAUGUUGAGUGUUUGUUCUCCAGACACGAAACUCUCUUCUGUAACUGACCGGGUUUUUCUUUUAUGUAAUAUGAGCUUCUAAAUGUUUUGUGUGCAGAUGAGCUAUUUUAAAAAAAUAAGGAAUUCUGUCAAAAGAAGCUUUUUUUUUCCUUUUUUUUAUCAUUCUGUCAUCCUGUUGUAAAGUGAAUGUAAAAGAUCCCUUGCUAUGGCUUUAUCGCGAGGAUCAGCUAAUGUAGUGGCAGCGGGCUUUCUAUUUCUGUCACCAUAUGUUAGACAGCAAUUUUGAAAAAUGUGCUAAGGUGUCAGUAAACAAACAUUCCUUUUUCUCUUAUCCUGUCUGUGUAUCUGUCAUACUAAAAAGUAUCCUGUGUUUUGCAACAAUAAUUCAUAGCUAAUGUUCACAAAGUUUAUUACAGUGCUUAAACACACCUUACAGAUUAGUUAUUAAUAUCAAAAUUCAAAUGUUUUGGCCAUUUUCACCACAACAAAUCGAUCAAAUUCUAACUGAUUCCAUAAUUUAUCAUCUGUUGUUGGUUUUCUAAGAGAAUAAAUCAUGUAGAAAUGGGUGUUUUGUUGAGCUGGAAACAUAAGGUUUUGAGGUUGUUGUUUUUGUAAUUUCAAGCAACCCAUUAUUUGCAUUUCUUUUUAAGGAUAAGCUUGUUAUGUUUUAUUGUAUUAGAAUGGUACAACACAAUUUGUUCUCAUUAUGCAAACCCCAUUAUCUCUCGUACAUUAAUUCUCAUAUGCCAGUGUAUUUAUGUUGCUGUAUUCUUUUAACAAGGCACGUAUUGGCUUCAAAUUGUCAUGUUAAUUCUUAUGAAUAUUUUAUGUAGAGUAUUUUUUGUUGGUCUGUGUUUGUUCAACUUAAAUAUGUUUGUGACUUUGGCUGGAAAGGUUGUAUUUUAAUGAAAGUAAUUUUGUGAUGAGAGAAAUGUUUCAUUUAGCUGUCCAAGAGUUCAUAACCAAGUAAUUGUCUUGGUUUACAUCACUACCAGGAAACGAGUGCUGUACUACAAUGAGGGGAGUUAACUCAUGUCUGUAGGACGAACUUAAACAUGCAGUUAAUGAUUUUGGUGCAGAUAUUGUUGUUUUUAUAUUCUACUCACUCUUUUAAUUAAUAAUGACUUUGACAAAAACUUCAUUUUUUUAAACUUCAGUAGUGCUAUUUUUAUCUACACUUUGACAAUAUCCAUCCUUUACUUGAGGAUAAAUUACUUAUGUCCACUUAAAUAAAGUCAUGUAUCAGUAGUUUAUGUAACAUACUCAUUAAUCAUUUUUGGUUUGAAAGCUUUAAUCCUGAUGAAUGCUAUCAGAAUAGGUUUGUCACAUAUUGAUAAUUAAUGCAAAUGAAUCAGAAAUAUUCAUUUUAUGGCAGGUCAUUCAAAAUUAAUAAUAAUAUUUUUUUUUAAUAUAUUAAAAUUAUUAUGUUGAUAGUUAAUAAAAAUAUGCCUGAAAAAAAGGGAAAGUCUCAGUGUUUGAUAAAAAUUAGGUGAUAACAGACUUUUGUGAUUAUUGAUCUAAUGUGAGGUUUUCACUGUUAAUGUUAUGGUAAUAUUAGUUUGAAAGUGUAAAGAUUCCACUUUACGUUACCUGAAGGGAAAAUUAUAUUGUAAUAAUCAGAGAGUCAUUUAUGAUUUUUUAAAAAAGAAAACAAUCAAAGAAGGUCAUUCAAGAGUUUAAUAAAAGAACAUUUUCUAUUCUAAAGAAGUAAUAUUUAAACUGUAAUGUUAUAGAUUCCAGCCAGAAUUACGGGUACAUAUAUUAUGACAAUCUUGCACCAAAUGAUCAAAUGAAUUCCUUUUAUCUGGCAGUUUCUUAACACUGGUUGGUCAUACGUGUAUUUAUAUGAUGAUUUUAUUUUGUAAACAUUAAUGAAGAUAUUCUCAGUUUAAUUUCAUUUAAUACUCUAUGGUAAUCAAGAGUUGAUAUUUAUUACUGAUUUAUUUUGUAGAACUAUUGUAGCAGAAGAUGAAUACCAGUAUGUUAAUUUUAGACUAAGUAAUAUGACGUUGAUCAUACUAGCAUGAUCCUGUGUUGUGUUAAGCUGAUUUCAGAUAGGAUUUCAGGGGUGUGGAUUGUAUUUUCUAAGGCCCCACGAGUGUCCACCACAUGAUGUUAUCAACAUGUUUCAGAGGUAGUUAAAAAACCAAAACCAUUUAUGUUGGGACAUUUUGGGAGGUGGGUAUUUAGCAGAACAGACUCCGUCCCCCGUCACUGUGUGGCCAUUUUGUCGAACAUCCUGCUCCCCAUGUUAUAAUGUCUGGGACAUUACUCAGUGUGUUUUGAUACAGUAGCCCUGUCAGUUUUCUGGUGUUUCUUUUAUAUUAGAGCUGUUCUUAUGAGGAAUAUGUAAGGGCUGUUUCACGACUGAUCACAUUUUGGGGGUGGGGGUUGGAUGUGAGACAUGUUUCGUAAACCCACCACUAACAAAAUAAUAUUUUAUUUGAAAAAUGUAUGCAUAGAGAAUCACUAGGUAUAAAAUGAUAAUUAUGAUGCAUCCUGUACCUCCCAACCCAUGUGAUAAUUUCUGGACCUGAUCUAAUGUAAAAGAAACAAAAAAACUUUAAAAAUAGAAGAUAUGAUUUAGUCUAGACGUGUUGUAUCAGGAAUGAUGUUGAUUUAUUCCCUUAGUUGUGAUGGUCUUGAUUACAGUGCCAAGUUUUCUCCAGUUUUAAACCAACAUUAAUACAAAUGUGCAAUAAAUAAUUGAUACACAGUCAGACCUGUGUUAACCAGUCACCUGUAGAGAUAACAGAAUGUGGUCUCUUGAUUCUGUUAAUUGCUUAAUACACAUCCGUCACAUCUGAACUGCAUUACAUUUCAGAAUGGUGUGGUGGUCUCGGAUCUCCCUGAAUUGUAUUACCUGAUUUGUGAUUAGUAACGUGGUCUCGUUUAAUAACAAGUAGUCCAUUUGAGCAAGUUUGACUGUACACUAGUUUUUCAAAGAGCUUGUGCUCAACCCUUUUGUAUAUAAUUGAUCUACAUGUACAGUAUCUUGAAGUAGAGUCCAUAUCCACUUAAGGGUGGUAAUCGACCAUAGUGUGACAAAACAUAACAUACUUCUUUUUUUUCUUCUUUUUUUCCUUCUUUUUUUCUGUGUAUACCGAUGUGAUUUGUGGACAUUUUUUAAAAAUAGUUUACUAUUAGCAUACUGCUGGUUUUGAUGUGUUCUAUCCUCUAAUACCUCAUUGCUCAUUUCGGGCUCAUAAUGAUAAGUGUAAAAUGAAUUUAUUUUCCUUUAACAUUAAAAAUUCCUCAGGCAAAGUGGGGCGAGAUGUUGCUAAGAGGUAGAGCUUAUGCCUGAGGUUUGAUGGGUCACAGGUUCGAUCAGGUAUUAUCCUGUCUGGGUUAGACAACAUAAAAGGUCCCUUGCAGUUUUAUCAGUGGGAGUAACCCAUAUGUUAGCAGCAGGUUUUCUCUCUCUUUCUGUUUCAACCAAGUCAUAAUUACCAUAUGUUAAAUACCAAAUAACUAUAAUUUAAAAUUGGAUGAGGUAUCAUAAUAUAAAUAGUCCUUUCCUUUUGUCAAUUUUAAAAAAAAAAAAUUGAAAUGCUAGGUUGGGUUUUUAAAAUCAAGUUUGUUCAUGUACAUCCGAUCCUUUUGACCUGGCUUAACAUACUAAAGCAUUGCAAGUCCUCAUUAUUUUCUGGUCCUGUACGAUUUGAGUCAUUUGCAUUCAGGCUUGGCAGACAUUGUGUCCACAUUAGUGUGUGAUACAUGUGUAUACCCACUAAUAUGGUGUUGCCGACCACUUGUGCUGAAGUAGUUCCAGGGCCCCGUUCCACGAAGCGAUCUUAGCCCUAAGAUCAACGUAAGUGCAUAGGGUAGCUAUGCGCUUAAGGUAAUCUUAGGGCUAAGAUUGCUUCGUGGAACGGGGCCCAGCAUGAUGCAGUCAGUUCGGACACCUUCAUAAGAUCCACAGUCUAUGGCUUUACCCCUUGUGUUCUUCCUGAGUUACUGCCCUUAAUAUUGUGUUGAUAUUUGUCAUUUAAGGUUGGAAAGUGUAAGUGAAGGUCGUUAGCUAAGUAAGAUGGGGCGUUGGGUGGGAGAGUUCUCAAAGAGAAGAAUGUUUAAUCAUAAAUGUUCUGCAGUAGCCAUCUAGCUCCAUAAACUAUACUGGAUAUGGAAGGAUGCUGCAGCAUUUUAUUCUAAGGCUUGUUAAUCUUGACUUAGCUUGGCUCAUGUUCAGACCUUUUGUUCAUAAGCACAUGGCCAUAUAUAUGCAAUCAUUAAACACAGAACCUGUAUGAUACAAUACAUAAGACGUGUGAAUAACAAUGUCAAAAUAUUGGGUCACACUUGUGGACAUUUAUUUUUGUAGAGCUAAUAUGCAGAAACGAUAGAAUGUUGUGAUUGGUGGAAAUAGCAAAAAUGUGUUCUUAAACUAGUUUGAGUGUGAAACUCCAAGUUGACAUGUUCUUUAGGUUCAGCUAAAAGUCAGUCAGUGGAGCUUAAGUCUGGACUAUAGAUUCAUGGUUAGACUGUUUUAAUUCGGUAUAUAAUUGCUUUGAAAAGAUCACCAAUUAUAAAUACUGGAUGAAAUGCCAUGUUUAUCAGCCAUAUGGGUAACACCACUUUGAACACUCUCUGGAACACCCUCUGGAACCGAUUUAUCUCAGACAAUGUGGUAAUGUGGGGGGGGGGGGGGGGGGGGGUUCAAAAAUAUAUGUUCAACAUAACAUACGUAUAGUCCGUCCCACAGGGAACGCCUUUUUCAUACUAUAGAAUGUACUACAAGUUAUUUAUUUUUGAGUUGAUUGAUUUGUAAAUUUAACCCAAAUAUAGCAAUUUUUUUUUAUUUCCAAAACACGUUUACUUUUCUUCUUACGUCAAACCAAACUGAAAUUAUUUUCAAAAAACAUUUUUAUAGAAUGAUGGGAUGGACUAUAGUCUAAUAUUUUUAUUUCUUGUAUCCAUGCGAUAUUUACGAUAAUCUGAUUACUGUUUUACUUUCUCGUACAAGAUCAUUGGUAUACUGUGGAUCAUUUAAUGUAAAUAUAUAGUGUAUAACUUUCUCUUUAUGUACAGUGUACAGCUUUCUUGCUACAAUAAAUAAAUCUAACAGCA